GUGGGGGAGAAGCACUCUGCAUUCAUUCCUACCAUCUUUAUUUUACAAACAUGGUUGGUGAAUUAAAAGGUGUUUUGGCAGCUGUGCCUACGCCAAUGAACAAAGAUGGAACAAUUAAUACAGCUAUGGCAAAACCCAUUGCAGAACGUAUUCUCAAAGCUGGCGUUGAUGGAAUUGUGACAACUGGUACAACAGGAGAAGUGACAGCUCUGUCAUUCGAAGAACAUCAAUCGAUCGUAAAAGCAUAUGUGGAAGCCGUUCGAGGUAAAACUCCAAUCAUUGCAGGUAUUGCAACAAAUUCGACAAAAGAAACGAUCAAAUAUUGUCAAAGUAGUGAAAAGAUAGGCGUACAUGCAGUCAUGGUCGUUCCACCUUUUUAUGAUCCUUUACCUUUUAACACACUCAAGACAUUCUAUCAAACUAUUUCGGAUCAUGUCAAUAUUCCAAUGAUGUAUUAUAACUUGCCUGGCGCUACAGGAGUUCAUCUUACGGCAGAACAAAUACGAGAGUUGGGAACAAUCAAAAAUCUGAAAUACCUCAAAGACACAUCUGGUAAUGCGAAAGAGCAAGUCGACUUAUUGGUAUACGAACAACAAACUGCACAAGUUGAUAUUCAAACGUUCAAUGGUUGGGAUACAUUAUGCUUUUCUGCUUUAGCAUUAGGAGCUCAAGGCAUCAUCGUUGGAAUUGCCACGAUCGUACCAGAAGAAUGUGCACAAUUCUACAAAACAUUGGCUGUGGACGGUAACCUACAAGAAGCACGUAAGCAAUGGGCAUUCUUGUGGGAACUGGCAAGUUUUAUGGAAAGCGUCAAUUAUCCUGCAGGUGUCAAAGCUGGUUUAGAAAUCAUUGGAAUUGAUGCUGGUCCUCUUCGUGAGCCGACAUUACCGUUAUCAAAGAAUGAGUUGGAGCAGCUACGUGGCAUUCUUGCCAAACGCACAUCAAAAGAUUGAAUUAUAGUUCAUACUUUAACACCGUGUACAUGCAUAUAAUUUAUUAAUUUUAAGGGACUUCGGACCGUUGAAUGGUAACAAG